AUGCAUGCGUCACGAGCAAGCACAGUUCGGUGGCAUGCAUGGCGCACGGCCGGAGCGGCACGCGGUGCGCUACCAGUGCGCAUUGAGCGCCGUCCUGAGGAGACAGCGGCUGUGCCUCGCAUACCGGCCGAUGUGCCCUUGGCGUGGCUGAGCACGCGGUCGCUGAUGGACUACUGCAUGGGUCUGGGGCAGUGGAAAUAUGCGCGCGAUGCCACCGCCCUGACUCUCGCUGACUUGCCGCUCCUGCAGUCCGAUCCGACGGCGCAGGAGCAGGUGCAGGCGACGCUCGCGACGCGCGACAUUCCCCUGCCUCGGUUCCUGCAGUGGUACAAUGCGUGUACACGCGCUGCUUGGCCCGAGUGCCGGUCUAUUUUGGCUGCACAGCCACUCGGAACGAUCCCGCCUUUUGUGCUGCAGCGUGCAUUGCAUCGCAUAGCAGGCGUGGCAGAUGCCGCCAGUGCUGUAGAGCUGGUGCGCCAGCAUAUACCCACCUACAGCGUGAGUGAGUCGCAUCGCCUGUGUCUGCUUCUACUCACGACGUGUAUUCAUCGUCACAAGGCUUGGCACGUGUCGCGGCCGCUCGUGGCCUGUGUGCUCGACACGGUGCACCGGUGGCUGGCCAAACCUGAUGCCCAGCGCACGACGUACGCCUCUACGCUCCUGGAAACGGCCUGGACUGGCUGGUUAGCCGGUAUGCCCGAUCCGCGUGCGUGUGAGGCCAUGCAGCGGGUCUGGGACGUAACGCAUGCCAAGGUGCCGUCAGCGGCCGAGGCCAUGGAGACGUUUGUGUGCGAACGAACGGCUUCGCGACACAGCAUCCAACGUAUACCCACGUCCGUGAUCCAAGCGUGGCUGCCUACCGCCAUACACAAGGAGGCCUUCUUGCAUCUGGCUGCGCGCGUCGCUGCCGUGCAGGGCGAUACGGAUGUGGCGCGUGCAUGUUACGAGCAGCUGCAUGGAGCGCCCGGCGCUACCUCGUCUUUCCUACGUGCCCUCGCCAUGUCGUCCUCGCAGGCCGAUCUGCGCGAGGCAUGGUCGCUGUUCGAUGCGAUGAUGACACACGCGCCACAGGCAUCGUCGACGCAUAUACCCGACUGGAUCGUCAUGCUGCGCGCCGCGGCGGGUGAUGCGCGUAUUCCCGUGCACCGUGUCGUGUCCCUGCUGCAGAUGCAAGAAGAGACCGAGGCCCUCGAUACGCCGUGGAACGUGCCUCCCAGCGUGCAAGCGCAGCUGGUCCAGUCGGUGGCGGCGCAUACAGCGCUCGUGGAAGGCCUCUUGGAGCGCGGAGAUGUGUCACGUGCAUGGGGCGUCUGGGAUGCCAUGGUGCACCGAGGCGUGGCCCCCGAUGUGUGGGCGCUCAAGACGCUGUGCCGCCUCUACUUUGUGGCUGGACACCCUGCACGGGCACUCGAGUGCGUUAUGCACUGGUGUCACCGCGGCGUGCGCCUCCCUGCGCCGCGCUCUGGCGUCGUACGCAUGCACGUGCCCAAGGUCCAUGACCUGGGCCAGUGUGCCAUGCGGGUGGACGCAACGCCGUCCUCUCGGCACGUGGUGCGCCUGCGCCCAACGACGCAUCUGGCGAAUACGCUUCUGCUGGGUCUCUACCGUGCGCGAGCGUGGGAAACGCUCAUGCUGGUGUGGCAUGCUCUGCAGCCCACACUGCAUGUGCAGCCCGACACGGCCUCCAUCGAUCUGAUGCUGCGUGCGGCGCGCGCCGAAGCACGGGCGUCCCAGGCGCCAUGCACAUGGGCACCAGCGGCCCGUGUGUACUUUGUACGCCUGCUCACAGCCCAGCAUCCCGAGCUGCAGGCCUGCACGAAUCCUCUCGAAGCACCCGGUCGGCGUGGAUGGAUCGUGCGCAGCGAGCUCCAGCUGCGCCGAUGGGAGCGGUGGAUGGAGGGACGCCUGCGCAGGCUUUGGCGAGGUGCAGCAGACAACUUGCCGCCCGUGACGAUAUCCACGCCGCUGCCGCAUGUAUGCCUCGACGCGCGCGUCUUUCAUCAUUAUGCGGAGCUCGUACUUACCCUGAUGGAGGUGGACUUUCCAGGCGCAUCCCACGCCACGACCGAUCAGCUGUGGGAGGAGCUGUUUCUCAUAGCCGCGUGGAUGCGUGCGCUGGACGUUACGCCGAUGCGUGAGACGCUGUGUCUGUGGUGCUCCGUGCAUGAUGAGCGACUUCCACCGGCCGCGAGCACCGCGUCGUGGCGCACAUGGCUGGCUCAGUGGCUGGGCGAGGCCAGCGUGCCGAGUGACGCCGAGCUGGGCGCAUGGUAUCGGGCGCAUCGCGCGCACAUAGACUAA